UGGAAGAAUCUGGUUCCUCUGCCGUCGCCAUGGAGUACACGAGCUCCCCCAAACCGCAGCUCUCGUCACGCGCCAACGCUUUCUCCAUAGCCGCUCUGAUGUCGAGCGGCAAGCCCAAAGACAAAGACGCGGAGGAGAGCACGAUCAAACCCCUGGAGCAAUUUGUAGAAAAGUCCUCCUGCAACCAGGGUUUGGGCGACCUGUCGCCUCUGGACGGGCACGGAGACUUCAGCGGGAGCGCGCCCGCCGCGUGCACGGAGCCGCUCAUCCCCAGCAGCCCCGGCGUCCCCAGCGAGGAGAUGGCCAAGAUCUGCUGCAGUCUGGAGACCAAAGAGCUGUGGGACAAGUUCCACGACCUCGGCACCGAGAUGAUCAUCACCAAGUCUGGCAGAAGGAUGUUCCCCACCAUCCGCGUGUCCGUGUCCGGUCUGCUGCCGGAAGCCCGCUACAUCGUGCUGAUGGACGUCGUGCCGGUGGACAACAAGCGGUACCGCUACGCCUACCACCGCUCCUCGUGGCUCGUGGCGGGUAAAGCGGACCCGCCACUCCCUGCCAGGUUGUACGUCCACCCGGACUCGCCCUUCAGCGGGGAGCAGCUGCUGAAGCAGAUGGUCUCGUUCGAGAAAGUCAAGCUGACCAACAACGAACUGGACCAGCACGGACAUAUCAUCCUCAACUCCAUGCAUAAGUAUCAGCCUCGGGUCCACAUCAUCAAGAAGAAGGACCACACCGCCUCCCUGCUCAACCUCAAGUCUGAGGAGUUCCGGACCUUCGUCUUCACUGAGACCGUCUUCACGGCUGUCACGGCCUACCAGAACCAGCUGAUAACCAAGCUGAAGAUUGACAGCAACCCGUUCGCCAAGGGCUUCCGGGACUCCUCCAGGCUGACGGACAUGGAGAGGGAAAGUGUUGAGAGUUUGAUCCAUAAGCACUCAUACGCCCGGUCGCCGAUCCGCACCUACGCUGGAGACGAGGACAACCUGGCGGAGGAUGCACACGCCACGCACGCCCGGGGCUCGGCGUUCACAGCCUCAGACAACCUGUCCCUCAGCUCCUGGGUGACCACCACCUCCGGUUUCUCAGGCUUCCAGCACCCCCAGACCCUCUCGGCCAUGAGCACUGGCACCCCACCCCUGCCCCACCCCAUCCAGGGCUCCCUGCCACCCUACAGCCGACUGGGCAUGCCCCUGACACCCACCGCCUUGGCAGGCACCAUGCAGGGUAGUGGCCCCUCCUUCCCCUCCUUCCACAUGCCUCGAUACCACCACUAUUUCCAGCAGGGUCCCUACGCCGCCAUCCAGGGACUGCGUCACUCCUCCACCGUCAUGACGCCCUUUGUAUGA